AUGUUGGCUUACAAUUUAGUGUCAUGGAUACUUAUCUUCUGUGAUUUAGUAUUAUCUGCUCCAACAACCUUAGAUUCAACGGCCAAAGGUUCAUCUGCACAAUUAACUACUGAUGAAACUCGCGUUGACUUCAAUAAAAUAUAUGAACCUUCACCACCUGUAACGUCUCAUUGUUUUUUAACCAUUCGAUAUUUUGAUGAGCUAUUACAGGAAUAUAGAUUGCAUACUAUUACUAUCGCUUUGUAUGGUUCUAUUACACCAAAAACUUUUGGUAAUUUCGAUAAACUAGCUAAAGGUAUUGUUGUCCCAGUUGGUGAUUCUAUACCACCAAAACGUGUGAAAGUUAAAUAUGAAGGUAACAGCAUAAAUAAAAUUAUACCAGGUAAAUCUAUGCUUACGGGUGAUGUCCUCUACGGUAUUGCAAAAUUUUCCACGUUAGGUCCUGCUUGGGAAGAGGAAAAUUUUGUUUUAAGACAUGAUAGGCCAGGUAGAGUUGUUAUGGCUAAUGAAGGUACUCUAGGAACUUUAAAUUCUAAGUUUUAUAUAGAAACAAGCCCUGAGGCACAACCAGAGUUUGAUGAAAAGACUGUUGUAUUUGGGCAAGUUAUUAAUGGUUUACAAGAGCUAAUUAACAUUUCAAAAAAUACUAAAUUAGAUUCUGAAUCCAAGCCUGUCAACCCAAUGAAUAUUGAACAUAUUAUUAUGGCUCCUUUGAUAUUAGGUAAUAUUAAAGAUAAGCAAGUUACUUACUUAGAUAGAGUAGGUAGAUACAGAAAAGGGGAAUUAGAAUUGGGUGAAAGAUUAGCUGAUUUGGAUACUAAUGUUUUAUCAAAAGAAUUCAUCCCAUUAACAGAUGAACAAUCGGCUUUAAGAGCUAAACAAAGAGGUCAGGCACAAUCGACUUCCCAAUUGAAGGAACUAUUGGUAGUUAUCUCUGUCAUUAUAUUUAUUGUGUUAACUUUAAACAAAUACAAACGAGAAAUAUUUGGUAAAAAGGUUGUUUCUAUGAGGAAGUAUUGA